CCAUUGCACGAAAAUAUGAUUGGCAGUAGAAGUACAGCUGCUGCGCUCGAGACAUGGCGGAGUUUGCCGUUCUAAACAAAGAUUUUUGAAGAGUUGUAGCUACUACUUUUAAGCAUGUCGGUCUCAACUCAGAAAGACCGGGUUUAAUGGGUAUAAGGAUUGGACCAAUUCAGACAUACGAAAACUGAGUAAUAUAUAGUUGGUCUACGGGGCUCUGGGAAGAUGUAUUCCUUUUUUCUAGCGGAGCAGUCAACAGCCUUGGACAACAAAUAUGGCUACUUGUGUCUGCUCUUCUUUCUAUUUGGAAUGAAAUGCGACUCGGCUCAGAUAUGCACUACGAUCGCGGGACUACGACCUAACUCUCCCAUGAAGUGACCCAUCCUGGAGUUUACGGCUGAACUGUUGCCUAUAAAGAUCUUGAAGCCGUCAGCUGAUAAAACGUACGCGGUUUCGUGCGAAGCAGUGCCUGGCGAGAGAGAUGGAGUCUAAGCACAAAGAGUUGUUAGAUAAAUGCUACCAGAACUUAUUGGAGUCAAUAACAGAUGCGGACCGGGUCGUGGAGGCGUUAUUUCAAACGGGUACGCUCUGUCAAUCGGAAUGUUAUGAACUGGGUCACGAUUGCUCGUCCAACUCUGAGAAAGUGGACCUUCUCCUGAAGAUGCUGAUGAGCAAAGAGAGAGACCAUUUCCAAGACCUUUGCGCGGCACUGGAAAAGACGCACCCUCACCUGAAUUCAACACUCUUAUUCAACGGCGAUGGACCCGUAGAUCAUUCAUCGGGGUCCACAUACAGUGUUUUGUCCACGAUGCCCUCGGACUCCGAGAGCAGCAGCUCCCUCAGCAGUGUAGGUACGACGGGCCAAGCUUCGUCCCCUCCUCCGGCCCACCUGGAGACCCGCUGCGGGCAGGUGAGCGAGAAGAUGGAGACCGUGCUGUUCCAGCUCAGGCAGGUGACACGCGAGAGGGAUGAGCUUCGCAAACGCCUGGCCCUGUCCUCGCCAGGCACCACCUUCGAUGACUGCAGCAGGCCCAACUUCAAGUCAGGCCAUGACUAUGAGCGUCUGAAGCUACAGUGUUUGAAGGCCAUGGGAGAUCUGCAGUCUCUACAGAAUCAACACAGCACCUCCCUAAAGAGAUGUGAAGAGGCAGUGCAGAAAGCUGACUUCUACCACUCCCUCCACAGUCGUGUUGCCAGCGAGCAGGCUCAGCUGAAGGAGGAGCUGGAGGCCGUCAGACAGGACAACAUCCAACUCAUCCGGGAGCACAACCAUCUGAAACUGAGCUGUGAGGAGAUGAGGAGGCGGCAUGAGGAGGACCAGAGGGAGUUAGGAGACAUGAGGCUCCUCCACCAACAGGUGAUGAGAGCAGGGUCCUCUGAGAUCCUCAACAAGCUUUAUGACACAGCCAUGGACAAGCUGGAAGGUGCCAAGAGAGACUACGAGGUUCUCAAGAAGAGGUACAAUGAGAAGACCGCCCAUCACAAUGCAGACCUGAGUCAUCUGGAGCAGGCUGAGAUGGAGAACCAGAGGCUACAGAAACAGUUGGAUGUGUUGUUGAAGCAGAGAGAUGCUGCCAUGCACUAUCAGCAACAGUACUCCACCUCUAUGAGGAGGUUCGAUUCGACCCAGGCAGAGCUGUCCAAGGUGGCGGUGCACAACAACGAGCUGCAACGGGAGAUGGAGCGGCUGCAGGCGGAGAACACGCGCCUGAAGACCCAGCAGCUGAAGGCCGUGAAGGACUGUGACAAGUACAAGGAGGAGAGGGACUCGGUCUUCAGCGAGUACAGGCUGAUCAUGAGCGAGAGGGACCAGGUGAUCAAGGAAGUGGACAAGUUACAGACGGGGCUGGAGCUAGCGGAGGCCAAGCUGAAGAACACCACCUCGGAGAGAAGGAUGACCGGCGAAGAGUUGGAGGCGCUUCGUCAGGAGCUUGGUUCAGCACUUAUCGACCGAGACAGGGCCAUCUGUGAGAAGAAUGAGCUGUUGGAAAAGUACUGCCACGAGGUGAAGGACAAGGCAGAGACCCAGAAGGAGCUGAGCCAGGCCUGCAAAGACAUCGAGACGGUCCGGGAAGAGAGGGACGUUGCCCGUAAGGAAAGGACUGAGGCCAUCACACAGAGAGAUCAGCUACUCAGAGAGUACUACCAGGCUAGACAGAUACAAGACUCGGCCACAGUGGACAUGGAGCGGGCCACCAAAGAGAUCGAGGUGCUGAGGAAGCAGUACGAGGCCAUGUCCCUGGAGCUGAAGGAGGCCGCCCAGGAGGCAGAGGUGGCCAAGUGUCGCCGCGACUGGGCCUUCCAGGAGAGGGACAAGAUAGUGGCCGAGAGAGAGAGCAUACGGACAUUAUGUGACAACCUGAGGAGAGAGAGGGACCGGGCUGUGAGUGACCUGGCAGACGUCCUGAGGAACCUGGACGAUGCCAGGAAACAGAAGAACGACGUGUCGCGUGAACUCAAGGAGCUCAAGGAAAAGCUUGAAGACCAGUUAGCAAAGGAGGCCCGGUUUCAGCAACUGGUGGCGCAUAAUUCCCACGAUUCCGCCAUCGACACAGACUCACUGGAGUGGGAGACGGAAGUCGUGGAGCUUGAGAAGAACAGAGAGGACAUGGAUUUAAAAGCACUUGGUUUUGAUGUUGCCAAGGGGCUAAACGAUCCAUAUUUACCAGGGGAUUGUGGGAUAUUUGUCAGUAAGGUGGCUAAAGGAAGUAUUGCUGAAGGAAGAUUAAGAGUGAAUGAUUGGCUGUUGAAGAUAAACAAUGUGGACCUGGCCAAUAAGGACAGGAAGCAGGUUCUGAAGGCGGUGCUGAGUGGAGAGGGGGUCAUAAAUGUGGUGGUUCGCAGGAAGAAGUGCCUGGGAGGGCGUUUGAUUACUCCAAUACAAAUCAGCCUCACUGGAUACAAAGACAGUGGUAUUGGGUUGGAGUGUGGGGUGUUUAUAGCUGGUGUCAUCCCAGGCUCCCCAUCCUCCAGGGAAGGUUCACUCACAGUCGGAGACCGGCUCAUCGCUAUAAAUGGAAUUGCACUAGACAACAAGUCACUCUCUGAGUGUGAAAGUUUACUGUGUAGCUGCCGAGAGGUUCUCAGUGUCUCUGUCAUCAAGUUUCUUCCACAGAGCUGCUCCGCUCAGAGUUUAUUCGAAAACCUGGGAGACGCCUCAGAGAAGGUGUCCAACUGCCGUUCGCUCCAUUCUGGCCCGGAGGUCCACUCCCGGAACUGCCGGAACUCCAGGCACCACAGCAGUUCCACCCAGACGGAGAUGUUCUGUCCGGACGCGGGCUCCAGCGGCGCCGAGGGACACGGCCAGAACGGAGGUCAGAGGGACUCCGUGGAACACGACCAGAAUGGGGACGGCUCCUUCUGCCGCCGGCUUAGCAAGCCGUUCUCCACCAGAUCCCUGCAGUCCCGCUGUCCGUCCCACAGGGGGCGCUGUGGGCCGUGCAGCCCGCUCGGCCCUGAGCCCUCAGAGCCCCACCAGGACUACUGCUACACGAGACCGGAGUUACACAGGAGACAGGCUUUCACCUUUUCACCGCCUGUUGCCUCAGACUGCAUCCUCCGACAGAGCCGAGACGGAGAUGGAGACAUGAACCGAGGAGGUUGUGGGGAAGAGCACAUCCCUUCCCCAGAGGGGGAGAGGCUGAGCGGAGGCACUUGGCCCAAGAUCACAUCAUUCCCAGAGGGCGCCCAACUCUCCAUCUACAAGAAGCCCAGUCAGCGGAAGUCCAUCUUUGACGUGGACACCUUCAAACGGCCCGAGACACCCACCAAACUGGACUACCUCUCCCUGUCCCAGCUCCCCAAACACUCGCCCCAGAACUCCUCCGAGGCGGGGCCGGUCCCAGGGGUGGGGAUAGGGCAGAUCCCUCCCACGCCUCCCCAGAGGAGCGACUCAUUCAGGUUCAGACACCGUCAGCAGACCAGCUCUGCCUCUGACUCCACCAUCACCACCGGGACGGGGACUCCUCCAGCGACCCCGGGGCUGGAUCCAGGAGGCCUCGUCCCACUGGGCAGGAAGCAAGAGGGGAGUGACCCUGAGGGUCGCGAGCGAGACAGAGAGAGAGACUGGGAGGCAGAGCAGGAGGACAGAGACCUGGACAGUGUGAAACAACAUUAUUACAUAGAUCUUACGCAAGAGAGGAAGCAGCCAAUCAGCAACUCCAGGAUGUCAUGUGACGAGGAAGUGGGCAGACACAGGGGCGGGGAGCGGGACAGGGGCAGGAGAAGGUACCGGCCCAAAUCGGCCCCUUCAUUACGACGAAACAUGCCCCCGCUACACCUACACAUCCCUGUGCAGGUCCAUAGUUUCUCCAAUGACGAGGCAUCUCCAGAGCCAGUUGACUUGGUGCGUUUCUCCCCGAUGCGUUCUCCCCGCUACAGCGCGCCCAUUGUGACCCCGGAAUAUGGGAGCAACACAGUUCCGAAUCCUGGACACAGAGGCCCCGCCCCAUGUCCUGCUGUCACCGCGGUGAUGAGGAACCCGGUCUACACAGCCUGGAGCCAUGAUGUUCACACCAACAACAGCAACUAUCCUCCACCACCCAGCGCCCAGCACCAAUGUCAGCUGAGCCUGGACGUGACCCACAAGCGUUCUGGGGACCUGACUUCGGACUCGUCCUCCAGCAGCCAGGCACCGCACAGCACCAGCUCCCUCCCCUCCAGGUCCAGACUGGAGUCCUCUGGUCAUUUAAAGUUCCGGACAGAACGAAUCAGAAUACCUUCCACCCGAUGUCUUCGUUCCACUGGGUUUCCUGACAGAGGGUCGUUGUCCCAAUCAGAGUGUAGCUCUCUGUCCCACUCCACCCCUCCCACUUCCCCUGUCAACCCAGACACCCCCACAUACACUAGCAGCCAAUCACAGAGCUCUAUCUCCACCAGCGCCUCACAGCCCAGGAUGUCAGUCAGCCCUGCUCCAACGAGGGAUCACCGGAAGGACAGAUAUGGCUUCUAUAACAGAUCUUUUCUCCAUCUGCCACUGACCGCUAGGCCAAGGUUCUCCUCAUUACGGAGCUUGAGGCCGUACCUGGAGGAGCCUCGCACUGUGGCGGUGCAGAAGGGGACAGAACCCCUGGGCAUCUCCAUAGUGAACGGGGAGAGCGGAGGCGUGUUUGUGUCUAAGGUGACGGCCGGGAGCAUCGCUCAUCAGGCGCGGCUGGAGUAUGGAGACCAGCUGCUGGAGUUUAACGGGAUCAACCUGCGGAACGCCAAUGAGCAGCAGGCAAGGCUUGUGAUUGGUCAACAGUGUGAUACCAUCACCAUCCUAGCUCAGUACAACCCACACAUGUUCCAGCAGGGGAUUCACUCACGCUCCAGUUCUCGGAUGGAGUCCAUCAGUGGUCAACCAGCCCCUCAGCUGAGUGGUGCCACCACCCCAGACCGUCACUUCGCAGUUGACACCCUGAGCGAGCAGGAAGAGGGGACUGUGACUCCGCCUUCUAACCGGACCAGCCCCGCCCACGGCCGUGACAGCUCCUUUAGGCACUCUUCUCCAGGUGUAGACUCUCACCAUCCCCCGGGGGUAAGGCUCGUUCAGCUGAAGAAGACCCAGGUUGACUUGGGUUUGCAGAUCUGUGGAGGGAACCUGAGUGGUAUUUAUGUGGAGAGUCUGGAGAACGACAGCCCUGCCAAUUGUCCUGAUGGACUGUUGCCUGGAGACCAAAUAUUGGAGUACAAUGGUGUCACCAUGAAGGACAUGACCACUGAAGAAGCGUACCUAGAGAUGUUAAAACCCUCUGACACCGUGGCAUUUAAAGUCCAACAUUGUUCAGAUGAGCUUAUGAUGGUCAAAAACUCACCUGGAGAUGGAUUCUAUAUCAGAGCACUUUACGACCGGGUAGCAGAGAAUGAGUUGGAGCUGAGUUUCAAGAAGGACGACAUCCUGUACGUUGAGGACACGCUACCAAACGGCACCUUUGGUGUCUGGACGGCGUGGCAGUUAGAUGAGACUGCACGCCGGCUGGCAAGAGGCCAGAUCCCCAGCAAAUACACGAUGGACCAGGAGUCCUGCAGCCGACACAGUAUCCCCGACGGCAGGGAUGAGAGUGGCGGGAAGACCCUCUCGGCUGCCGCUCGUCGGUCCUUCUUCCGCAGGAAACAGAAGCACAAACGCUCCGGGUCUAAAGACGGGAAGGACCUGGCGACCCUGGACGACAUCGGCACUGACUCACUAACCGUCACAGAAGAUGGUUUGUGCCUGGCCUACCAGAGGGUCCAGAAGGUUGUGUGUUCCAGACCCAGACCGGUGCUGAUUCUGGGACCCCUGGUGGAGGCUAACAAGGACAUGCUAGUGAAAGAGGCCCCCGGAAGGUUCUGUCGAUGCCCACCCGAGGUAAUGAAGGCAUCCCAGCAGGCGAUAGAACGGGGGGUGAAGGACUGCGUCUUCAUCGACUACAAGCGAAGGAGUGGCCAUUUUGAUGUCACCACUGUCGCGGCCAUCAAGGAAAUCACUGAGAAGGAUUGUCACUGCUUGCUUGACACAGCACCCCAUGCCAUUGAGCGUCUUCACAGCGUCCACAUCUACCCAAUCGUCAUUUUCAUUCGCUACAAAAACGCCAAGCAGAUUAAAGAACAGAAGGAUCAUCAAUACUUGCGGGACAAAGUCUCUCAGAAACAUUCCAAGGAGCAGUUUGAAAUGGCACUGAAAAUUGAACAGGAAUACAGCAAGUUCUUCACAAGUGUCAUCCAAGGAGGAACCCUGGCCUACAUUUGCACUCAGGUCAUGAAUAUAGUGGACCAAGAACAAAAUAAAGUCCUGUGGAUUCCCGAAGGAGCACUCUAGUCCACAGGGUUGCUAGAUUGUUCUGUCUAUGUAACACCUUUUAAACCUUAAGAAAGGUAGUGUAAUGGGCUUGUACACAUGGUUGAAUUUGCAAACAUGGCCAACAUGACUGUUUUUGGAAUUGUAAUCUGAUAACCUUCCCGACUUUUAAAAUUUUAUUUAAUUGUUAUUUAACCGGGAUAUGUAAGUUGAUUAAGAAGCAAUUCUCAUGUUCAAAUAUGGCCUGGCCAAAGGGGUUAAAGUGGCAAGAGGACAACAAAAAUACAGAUAAACAUACAAGGGAUUAUCCAGUACAUAUCAGCUAAACACAUCACCUUAUUAACCAGCAUUAUUUCCAGUCCAGUGAAGUUAGACUACAGCCUCUGGAACGUUCCACAUGAAACUGAUCUGAAGGAUGAACAUUCAAAACACAUUUCUUUCACAGUCCACAAAUGAAAGUAAUCUGGUUAAUAAUAGUGAUAUAGUGAUGCUGUAUACUUCGUACAGGUCUAGAGAUUUGUUUACACUGGUGUUGAAUAACGCUUUAUACUUGAAUGUUUUCCCCUUAACUAUAAUAAGGCACUCCUGGUCCCAUGGUUUGGAAUAAUUAUGCUAAAAUGGAAGUUUUACGCAUUGGAAGGGAAAAAAUAUUUCAGACUGGUCUCAGAUUGGUUGUGGCAAUGCCCACGACAUUGCCAAGGACAAGCAGAUCUGGGGUCAGGCUUUAAGAGCAGUGACCACAGUAGUCAUAACAACAGGAUCAUUGUAGUCAUGGCAACGGGAACAACAUGGGAGCAGGGUGACUUUGGACCACUGUUUUCUUUUUGUAUGUCAUUAAAGUUAUCUAAACCCAAUCAAAUUACUUUGGUUAUGAACCUUCCUUUAUAAACAUACAGUUGUUAAUGUUAAAUGUCUUAGAAAUAGUUUGUUUUGCCUUGUCAUAAUUUAAAUUAACAGAUGUGCAUGUUAUCUCCUGUUGAUAAAAUGACUGACAUCUUGUUAAUUUUUUGUUUAUGAGUCUCUGUUUCAACACCUCUUAGAAUUUUUUAUGCAUUAAUUUAUGUUGUGCCAAACAAAAUGUAUAUCUUUUUUUCCACACGUCAAUCUUGUAAUGGAUGAACACUUAAGAAAUCCAGUAAUUAUUUGGCAGUGGUACGGUCAUGUGAAAAUUGUCUCCCCUUGGAAAUCUUUCUGGACAUAUACAUUUACAUACAGAUAUAUAGUCCUUGAUAGAUGAAGGGAACCUUCAUUGAUUGGUGCGACAGAAGCUGUAGAUCUCUUCAUGUUACCAGGGGGUUUAGAGACUUCAACGUGCAUCCUUUGGUCAGCUCUUGGUCUUAAUUUGGUAGAGCAACCGGUCUGAUGUAGAUUGUUUACCAGUCAGGCAGUCUCGGCAUGAUGUGGCACUUCAAAAAUCUGGUUUAGACCAAUCCAGACCAAGUUUCUGAUCUUUAAAGGCCCAAAUAUACUUCACGCUGAGUACGUGUACGCAUACGCAGGAUGGCUGACACGUAUCCUGCGUACUUUUGGUCCGUAAUCUCCCUAGGCUUUGAGUGUAUGCAUACGCAGGUGCAAUACCAACAGAAAUUGUGGGGCAGUAUACCCAAGAUCCUCUGAGGUUCUGCGUAGUACACAAGUUUAAUGGUCUAAUGCACCAUCUUCGUUGGCGUCGCUGACCCUCUGUAGUUUUCUUCAAAUAUACAUUAACAGUACCAGCUUCUCGUUCACCAUGGUUAUUAAAAUCGGCGGUUGUCGACGUGCAAAAUCGGCAGUUGUCAACGUAUCUCCAGGCAAGUGGAUUUCUUUUUUUCGCGGACUGCCUCUUGGACAUAGCCUUUAAAUAUCAGUUUAUACAAAGUACGCAGUGGAUGAUUUGCAACAGGUUGGGCGCAACAGAUUCAAAUGUUUACUAUUUUAUGUAAUACAUAGGUAGGUGAACAUUUCCCUACGAGAUUGCAUUUCUUUUAAAACAUUGAGACAGAUUAAAAAGGUGAUUUGAUGUAUUUGGUUUUAAUUUGGCUCAAAAUGUCCCCAAAUUUGUAAAAUAAAUUAAAAACUUUCCAGGGGGUACCCAUUCCUUUUAAAUUGGUGGUAACAGACAUAGCAGUAACAACUUCAAUCCUCAAUGAAAUUGUAUUAUUUGUAUCAAAUGUCAAGAAAUAAACAGUAAGAUGUUAA